AUGGCCGCUCUUCACCAAUUCGACUACAUCUUCGCGCUGGCGAUGAUCUUCGCGUUCCUGGACGCGUGGAACAUUGGAGCCAACGAUGUCGCCAACUCCUUUGCCACCUCGGUCUCUUCGCGAGCCCUCAAGUACUGGCAGGCCAUGAUUCUCGCCGCUAUCUGCGAGUUCCUCGGUGCCGUUCUGGCCGGUGCCCGAGUCACCGAUACCAUUCGAAACAAGAUCAUUGACGUUGACCCCUUCACUGAGACCCCCGCCGGCCUCAUGCUGCUCAUGAUGUGCGCUCUUGUCGGCUCCUCUGUCUGGCUCACCAUCGCUACCCGGCUCGGUAUCCCCGUUUCCACCACACACUCCAUCGUCGGCGCCGUCAUCGGAGCCGCCAUCGCCACCAACGGAGGUGGAGGAGUCCACUGGGGCUGGGAGGGAUUCUCCAAGAUUGUCGCCUCGUGGUUCAUUGCCCCCGCCAUUGCCGGAGGCUUUGCUGCCCUCAUCUACCUCGUUACCAAGUACGUUGUUCUGGAGCGAAAGAACGCCCUGCGAAAUGCCCUGUGGAUGGGCUACAUCUACGUCGGCAUCACCUUUGGCGUGCUCACCAUGCUGAUUGUGUGGAAGGGAGCCCCCAACCUGAAGCUCGACAAGCUGUCCACCGGUGCCACCGUCGGCUCCAUCAUCGGUGUCGGAGCCGUCGCCGCCCUGCUCUACGGAAUCUUCCUCCAGCCCUUCUUCUACCGAAAGCUCGUCAAGGAGGACCACACCCUGCGAGCCUGGGACAUCUUCUACGGUCCCAUGCUCUACUACCGAGGAGAGGUGCCCCCCAUGCCCGAGGGAAUGAACCGACACGACUAUGUGGUCGACUACUACAAGUUUGUCCGAACCAAGGAGGAGUACCUGGAGUACUACGGCCAUCUCAACGGCUACGAGGGCGAUGACCUCACCGAGGACGAGGAGCAGCAGAUUCUGGUGGUCUCCUCCAACCCCGAGAAGCACAACGGUAUCGAGUCUGUCGAGUCCGAGGAGGACGAGCGAACCAACGCCUCCCGAGCUGCCGCCCUCGAGUCCGUCGACAAGUCCUGGAAGGUCCUGGCCCGAAACCCCAAGAACUGGCCCAAGCUCUUCUGGAAGGCCAUUUCGCACGGCUGGACCGUCGAUGUCAUUGCCGCCCAGAAGACCUCCGGCCACGCUCUGUCCGGCGAUCUCCGAAAGAUGUUCUCCAAGGCCAAGAAGUACGACAACAAGGUCGAGGCUCUGUACUCCUUCCUCCAGUGUGUCACCGCUUGCACUGCCUCUUUUGCCCACGGUUCUAACGAUAUCUCCAACGCUGUCGGUCCCCUGACCACCAUCUACCAGAUCUGGUCCACCAACCAGACCGGAAAGAAGGCCGAUGUGCCCGUGUGGAUCCUGGUCUACGCUUCUUGCGCCCUUGUCAUUGGUCUGUGGACUUACGGAUACAACCUCAUGUCCAACCUUGGUAACAAGAUGACCAUGCAGUCCCCCUCUCGAGGUUUCUCCAUGGAGUUUGGCGCCGCCGUCACCACCAUCAUGGCCACCCGUCUCAACCUGCCCAUCUCCACCACCCAGUGCAUUGUCGGUGCCAUUGUCGCCGUCGGUCUGUGUAACGGAACCAUCAAGGCCGUCAACUGGCGAAUGGUUGCCUGGUGUUACUUUGGAUGGAUUUUCACCGUCCCUUUUGCUGGUCUCAUUGCCGGAAUCCUCAUGGGUAUCAUUUCCAACGCCCCCAAGCUUGGUGAGGUUUACCAAUUGUCUUAG